UAAGCGCUCUGGUUAUUUCGAUACGGCCGCUGUAUAUUAAUCGCAAAUCGUCAGUCAGCUGUUACCAUAUUUAAACAAACCAUUUCGAAAACAGGAGGUUUCUUAUAUUGCAAAUUGUCAAGUUUAAAAAUUAUGUUGAGAAUUUUCCGCCUGGAUGAAUGCCUACAGCUGCAUAUGCGAAACUUGCGAUUAUGUCGUCGACAGCUGAGUUCAAAUACCGAGCACGUUCAGGAAGCCGCCAGCGGCAGUUUAAGCUGGCAAAGGCCCUGUGGCCAGCUGACAGGCAUAAACAUAUACAAUAAUAGCCUGCGUGGCAAAGUGCCGCUGGUGUUAACCAAUCCUCAGAUGGUUACCUGGUACACUUGUGGCCCGACAGUUUACGACUCUACGCAUUUGGGACACGCCAGCACGUAUGUCAAGGUGGACAUUAUACAGCGAAUUUUGCGGGAUUACUUUAAGCUCAAUGUAGUAACAGCCAUGAACAUCACCGAUGUGGAUGACAAAAUCAUAAAGCGUAGUCGGGAAACCGGACGCAACUGGUUGGAAAUGACGCGCGACUUUGACGAGGAAUUCAAACAGGACAUGAAGCUGUUGAAUGUGAAGUCUCCCAAUUUGCGUGCUCAUGUAUCUUCCAACAUUCCAUCUAUCCAACGAUUCAUUGAGAAACUGUUGGUUGACCAGAAAGCCUACGUGACCGAGGAUAAGUCCGUAUAUUUUGACGUCUCUUCAUGUGCGAACUACGGCAAACUGCAAAAAAUUACCAUGGAGGAGCAGAAGGAACAACAUAAGCAUAAACGUAAUGCAGCCGACUUUGCGCUUUGGAAAGCCAAAAAAGAGGUUGACGAGCCAAGCUGGCGGUCGUCCUGGGGCGGUGACGGACGACCAGGAUGGCAUAUUGAAUGUAGCGCCAUAGCCGGCAUGUUCUUUGGCAGUAAAUUAGAUUUCCAUGCGGGUGGCCUGGACUUGCGUUUUCCCCACCACGAAAAUGAGGAAGCCCAAUGCUGUGCACACUAUAAAACCGAUCAAUGGGUCAACUACUGGGUGCACAUGGGUCAGCUGUAUGUAGCCGGCGAAAAGGAGAAAAUGUCCAAAUCUCUGGGCAAUACCUUAUCCCUGUCGGAGUUCCUAAAGCAUUACAGCGCCGAUGAGUUUCGCAUGGCCUGUCUGCUGUCCAACUAUCGGAAUUCCAUGCAGUAUAGUGAUCAGUUGAUGCAGACAGCACGUCAAACAUUGCGCAAGUUUAUAAACUUUAAUGCCGAUCUCAAUGCUUACAUGCAGUUCCAGAAGCCACUAAAGUUUCUGGACGAGGGUGCUCUGCAGGCACAGCUAAAGCACAUGAUAACCGAGUUUGAUAACAGCCUACGCGAUGACUUUGAUACGGCGAGAGCUGUUUCCGUAUUGCUGGACCAGAUGAGUAGCAUCAGUCGCUGCAUUAACGACCAGCAAGCCGAUGCAGAGCAAGAACCUGCCCACUGUCUUCAUCUGUUGCUGGCGGCUGGCAAUUUUAUUAGCACAUCCAUGCGUUGCUUUGGUAUCAAGAAUCUCGGCGCCACAGCUACCCAGGAGCAGGAGCAACCAAUAAGCACGCCAACUGGCGUGGUCAUUGAUGCACUGGUCGCCGAGAUCCUUCAGAUACGUGGCAAUCUACGCAAGGAAGCCGUAAAAGGGGAUCGCAAAAAUUUGGAACUGCUUCGCGUGUCUGAUUUGCUACGGGAUCUGUUGGAUCGACAUGGCAUUGACGUUCGCGACCAUAAACAGGGCAGCUCUUGGGUUUACCGUGACAAGAGCAAAAGCAUAUCGACCAGCGGCUAAUUAUUGUUAACUAUGUCAAAUUAUUGUACAUUUUAUUGAGUCUGAACAAUUAAUUUAAAAAAAUCUGUUGUGAAUACAUUGUAUUUGUUUUUGA